UUUUUUACCUUCGGUUCAAUUAAUUAAACAUCCCUACUUUUUACCCUUACACUUUUUUUACUCUUUCACUCUUUUUACCUUUUCGCUCCUUUUACUUUUACACUCUUCUUACUCCAAACACCAUAAUAAAAUUUAUCCCUCUAGUUAUUUUAUCUGACUUUACCAUAGUUUUGUAUAUCAUAAAGUAACUUGUAUAUUUACUAUAAUGGAAACAGUUGAGCCAACAAGGCAGUAUGAAACGGACCCUACCUCACACGGCUUACUUUCUCCACUUUCACCUCAAUCACCACAAACACCACCAAUGAGCCCACCCUCACCUUACCAAGAAUCGAAUAGAAGAGUUAAUAAUCCUUUAAUUGAUCUUAUAGAGACUGAAAAGAAAUAUCUUAAGGAUUUAAAAUGUUUGUUACAACAAGUUACAGCAUGUUGGAGUAAUGAUGAUUUUCCUCCGCCAGAAUUAGAUCUAAUGUUUCGAAAUGUUGAAGUAAUUUAUAAACAGAACAAAAAAUUUUACUUAAAACUUGAUAAAAUAGGAUCGAAUCCAGCAUCAGCAAAAGAUCUCGGUGAGACAUUAUUGAUCUGGAUCGAUGAUAUGGAUGAUCCAUAUACAAAAUAUGUCGAAAACUUUAAAUUAGGAUUUGAUUCUAUACCCGAAAUCGAAGAAAAUUUAAAUUUACAACAGACUUUAAAUGAUAUAUCAGUUGAAAAGAAUCAACCUGUUUCCUUGGAUUAUUUUUUCGAUAUGCCAUUAAAACGGUUAUAUUAUUACAAAAAAUUAUAUUUGCGAUUGUAUAGGUCCACAGAGCCUGGACGAGCUGAUAAUAGUCUAUUGUUGGCUGCAAAUGAACGAAUUGAUCGUCUCCUUGAACUAGAAAAAAAAAUCAAAAGUUCAAAUAAAAUAAAAGAGUUUGUUUCAUAUACGAUGAAUCCUUCAGCUGCCGAAGACGUUGUCUCGUCAACAGUUAUUUCGUCAGUUUCGGAAGAUGUAUCCUCAGUGAUGGUGUCUCCCACUAUAGAGGUUCAUCAAAUAGAAAAACAAGAUAAUAUUGCUCCUUCGAUAAAAUCGCAAACUAUAGAUUCUCCAGUUGAUCCAAAUAUUGUUGUAUCUACCGAUAAAGUUCAAUCCGUUAAGAGAGAUUGGACUUUAGAAGAGUUAGAAAGUCAACUUGAUACAUCUAAAACUAAAGAUUUAUUUACCAAAUUACCAAAGAUUGUAAAAAUUUCACUUCUCUCAAAAAAUCUUCCUUUCGAACGUAAAAUUGUUCUUCAUGGCGAUUUUAUUAUUGAAACCACAAAAUCCAUGAAUUCUACUGAAACAACUCAUAUUAAUGCUCACAUAUUUUUAUUGACUGACCUUUUGUUGAUUUGUCAAGAAAUUACCCAGGAAGAGAAGGAUUUGAAAUUAAUGUAUCCACCAUUUAAUACAUACCAUCUUGCAAUCAAUGAUGUAAGCGACGACCAAGAAGAUUCAUUGGAAUUGACAAUUUUACAAAAAGAAAUGAUAAUCCUUUACGCAAAUGAUAAAGACACCAAGGACGAUUGGUUAAGAGAAAUUAAUAAAGCGAUUGAAUUUUCUUCCAAUGACCCCCAAUCGCGAACUGUACGUAAAGUCGAAAGUAAUCCUCGCUUAUCAACGAUUUCAACACUUUCAAUGUCUUCAGAUGCAUUGAAAAGAAGCCCAAGUGUAGGAAACUUAAUAAAUAGAGCAUCUAUGCGUCCUGUGUCCUCUAUUAGCCAAGGUUCGAACUUAUUUCCUGAUUUUUCCAGUACAGAUUCACCUAUUACACGUUCACGUACACCGGAUCCACCUCAAAAUGCAGGUGGGCAAUAUCCGGGUGAUUAUUUACCAUCUGGACAAGGGAGAGGUCAAGAACGUCAUAAUAGUGAUCCAAUAUCAUCUCCGGGUAUAAGAAAUAAAUUGACCGUAGGAUUACAAGUUGAACGUGCUAAUUCCAUGGCUUCACUUGUAUCAGUUAUGAGCAUCGCAAGUUUUAAAGAAACAAUUUUUAGAUCAUCUGCAUGUGAAGUAUUCGUUUGGAUAAAUAGUGAGUGGAGGCCCUUAACCAAGAAAGAUAAGUGUAUUGUUGAAGUUCGUUUGACAGUUCAAAACAAAGGAUGUUGGGCUAUUCUAUUAGAAUCAUCAAAUAGAAUGGUUCUUAAUGCAUGGGUUCAUUCUGCAACAACACUUCAUCGUGAGGAUGAAAAUUCUGUUAGUAUAUCAUGCGAGAUUGGGCAAAGAAAAGAAUAUUAUAAAAUUAAUACAACUGAUUCAGCAGAAUCAGAUCAGUUUAUUAAUUAUCUGUUGAAAAUUAAGGAAUCUGCAAAGGAAUUAAAUGUUCCUGCUGAAGGAUAUAUUUCUCGAUCUUCUUCAUUACAAACAAUUGAGCCUUUGCGUGAAGUUGAAAAAACUGUUACACAAGUUAUGGAAGUUAAAUGUCGCGUAUUUUUACAGAAUGAUCAUGGAGUUUGGACAAACAUCGGAUGGGGAAAUAUGAAAUUAUCACUUGAGACACCUUCACAUCGCAAGAGAAUUAUAGUUAAUUCAGAUAAAAAAACAAAGACAAUAAUUGACGCUAUUAUUAGUGAAGAUGGUGUUGAAAAAGUUGGAAAGAGCGUGGCACUUACAUUAAAUAAUACGGGAAGUAACCUUCGGAUUGUUUAUUUACUUAAAAUGAAAGAUGAGGAAUCGGCUGCCAAAGUAAUUGAUAUUAUGAAAGAAAAACGAAAGAAAUAAACCAAAAUUUAUAUCAUUGAAACGGAAUAUAAUUAUAAUCAUUGUACAUAUAAACUUUUUGAACAUUCAUUAUAAUUUGUGAUUAAAUAUUCUGAAGACAUUGAUUUUUCAGUGAAACUUUUUUGUUUUUACAGACACUAUGUAUUAGGGGAAUGGAAGUUAUUAUAAAUAUAAAUAUAA